AUGGCGAACCUCCGCCCCACGUGCGUGUCUGCGCCCGGCAAGGUGCUGCUUGUGGGCGGCUACCUGGUCCUGGACGAGCAGUACUCGGGGCUUGUUUUGUCGAGCACGGCGAGGUUUUACUCCCAAGUGGGGGUUGAGGUACAAGACUCGAUUUUUGCUUCCCACUGCGAAUGGCGUCGUCUCUUUCCGUUGAAGGUGGAGAGUGCGCAGUUCGACCAGUUGAUCGACGGCUGGAUCGAGAAAAAUGGCGAUGGACGACUCCGAUUCCAGCUCAGGGAGGGUUCGCACCGGAACUCCUACAUUGAGGAGACAGUCUUGUGUGCUGUGAAUGGCAUUGCUGGAUUGGACGAGUUCAAGAGCAACGACACGUUCCAGCAACUAGCGGAGGAGAAGAAGGGUGCUCACGUCACGCUCCGCGGUGAUAACGACUUUUACUCCCAAGUGAAAAGAUUGCAGGACGCAAAGCUGCCGCUUCGUCGCUCGAACUUGAAGGCAUUGAACGCAUUCCUCCCACCAACUAUGGAACAGCGCGGCGACAAGAUGGUGGCGUUGAAGACUGGCAUGGGUAGCUCUGCCGCCCUGGUGACGUCCCUAGUUGCGGCACUUGUGGCCUUCUUCGUGCCAACCGCGAACUUUGAUACCCAGCAAAAAGACCUGGAACUGGUGCACAAUUUGGCUCAGCUGAGCCACUGCUACGUGCAACGCAAGAUCGGCAGUGGAUUUGAUGUAUCGGCCGCAUGCUUUGGCUCCCAGCGCUAUACCCGUUUCCCUGCAACAACUUUGGAUGCAUUUACAUCCGAAGAUGCCAUGAAAUCGGGCGAAAUUGUUCGUUGCAUUACUGACAGUGCGCUGUGGAACACUUCUAACCGUGUGAAAUCCGUUCGACUACCUUCAACCUUCCACAUGAUCUUGGGAGACGUUUCGUCCGGUUCGGCGACGGUGUCGAUGGUUCGGCAAGUGUUGAAGUGGAGACAGGAACAGCCUGAACACGCAAAGAAGGUGAUGGAUGAAAUCCACCACCACAACACGGAGGUUGAGCAAGGGUUCGCGGAAAUCUGCGAGCUGGAAGACAGCCUCAGUACGCCAAUCGAUUGGGCAACGAUGGCGGCUCAAAGCCGUGAACAGUGGGGCACUACGGAUGCUAGAAUCGGGGCUAUACUCAUGAGAAUCAGCGAAGCAUUCUCCCAUUUCCGAAAGCUCAUGCGGUAG